CUCCCCCACUGGCGCGGUGGGGCGGCGCAGGCGCAAUGUUGCUGUCCCUGAGCCAGUCUGAGGGACGGUGACGGUUGGAGGCUCUGGGCCGGAUUGGAGUAGACCAGACCGUACGGUCGGAACAGAUGUUGGCAGUUCAGCCGGUUCCAUUGCUCCGCCGGACACCGUGAUAUCUAAGACGUGCGGGGUCGCUAAACACCCGAAGGCGGGUUUUUUUUUAAAGUUUGACGGCGGGUACCCGGCGGCGGUGGCAGGAGGAGGAUGUCGAGCCCCGCGCUGCUGCCGGUGUCGAGCCGUCGCUUGGCAGCUCUGAGCCCGAGCUCGCCAGUCUCCUUCUACCCGCAUCACAGAGCCACCCUGCGGCUGUCGGAGAAAUUCAUCCUCCUGCUCAUCCUCAGCGCCUUCAUCACCCUGUGUUUCGGGGCCAUCUUCUUUCUGCCCGACUCCUCCAAGCACAGGCGCUUCGACCUGGGGCUGCAGGACGUUCUCAUUCCGCAUGUGGAGCAGGGCAGGUCUGCGGGACGGGACGGCAGCGCCGGGCUACAAGGCGGCGGAGUCAUGGUGCAUGGAGGCGGGGAGGAACAUCGGCACCGACACAGAGAUGAAGAGGAGCAGCUUCGUAAAAUGAUUAGGGCAGAUCAUGAGAGGGCGCUGGAAGAGGCUAAGGAAAAACUAAAAAAAUCCAAAGAUCAGAUUCGUGCUGAAAUUCAGACAGAAAAAAACAGAGUGAUGCAAGAUAUGAAAAAAAGAGAAGGCAAACAACUGCCAGUUGUACCUAUCCCAAAACUGGUAGGAAUCAAUAAUGGGGACCCAGGUGAUCCAGACACGAGAGAGAAACAAGAGAAGAUUAAAGAGAUGAUGAAGCAUGCUUGGGACAACUACAGACAGUAUGCAUGGGGCCACAAUGAGUUAAAACCACUCUCCAGGAAGGGACAUACCACCAAUAUUUUUGGCAAUUCCCAGUUGGGUGCCACCAUUGUGGAUGCAUUAGAUACACUGUACAUCAUGGGUCUUUUUGAUGAAUUUCGAGAUGGGAAAGAAUGGAUUGAGAAGAACUUAGACUUCAGUGUGAACGCAGAGGUCUCAGUGUUUGAAGUCAAUAUCAGGUUUAUCGGAGGCUUGCUGGCUGCCUAUUAUCUUUCAGGAGAGGAGGUCUUUAAACAGAAAGCUUCACAACUUGCUGAAAAGCUGCUGCCUUCAUUUAAUACCCCCACAGGCAUCCCUUGGGCUAUGGUGAACCUGAAGAGUGGUGUUGGACGGAACUGGGGCUGGGCAUCUGCUGGGAGUAGCAUUUUGUCUGAAUUUGGGACACUGCAUUUGGAAUUUGUGCAUCUGAGCUAUCUGACAGGGGAUCCCAUCUACUACAAAAAAGUGUUGCAUAUUCGGAAGUUGUUACAGAAAAUGGACAGACCUAACGGCCUGUACCCCAACUACCUUAAUCCAAGGACAGGGCGUUGGGGUCAACAUCAUACUUCUGUGGGUGGGCUUGGAGACAGUUUUUAUGAAUACUUGCUGAAAGCUUGGCUGGUAUCUGAUAAGACUGAUACAGAAGCGAGGAAAAUGUACGAUGAUGCCAUGCAGUCUAUUGAAAAGCAUUUGAUCAGGAAGUCAAACACUGGCUUGACUUUUAUUGGGGAAUGGAAGAAUGGUCAUCUGGAGAGGAAAAUGGGCCACCUAACCUGUUUUGCUGGAGGAAUGUUUGCUUUAGGAGCAGAUGGGUCCCCAGAUGAUAAAGCAGGUCAUUAUCUGCAGCUUGGUGCAGAAAUUGCUCACACCUGCCAUCAGUCAUAUGACAGAACAGUACUAAAGUUGGGUCCUGAAGCAUUCAAAUUUGAUGGUGGAACAGAGGCAGUGGCACUGAGGCAAAAUGAGAAGUACUACAUCCUCCGUCCAGAAGUGAUAGAAACAUACUGGUACAUGUGGAGAUUCACGCAUGACCCCAAAUAUAGACAGUGGGGCUGGGAAGCAGCUCAGGCUAUCGACAAGUAUUGCAGGGUAAUUGGGGGAUUUUCAGGUGUUAAAGAUGUAUACUCUUCAUCUCCAACCUAUGAUGAUGUGCAACAAAGUUUCUUCUUGGCUGAAACAUUAAAGUAUCUGUAUCUCCUGUUUUCUAGUGAUGACCUCUUGCCCUUGGACUAUUGGGUCUUUAACACUGAAGCUCAUCCCCUUCCUGUCUUGCGUUCAAUGAAUACUACUCUCUCUGGAAAUGUGGCACUUCAGUGAAGAUUCCUGAAGAACUGGAGAUGAACUUCACUGUUGCAUCCUAGUGCUAGCAGGACAAGUGCAACAAAUCUGCUCUGAAAAUAAAGGGUCCUAUUGAAUAAGACUCGAACAAUCUGAGAUUAAGCUGUGCAGAAAAGAUGUAGACUACUGGGAUAGUACAUCUUUCAGAGCAGAAUAACAAUGAAUGUAUAAGUUUACAAUGGUGUAGUUGGCAAUCAGUACAGUACUGAAGCUGUACAAUGAUGAACUUUAUGGCAGAUAUUCAAAGAAAGCUUAACAGCACUAGGAAUAUGUAAGUAGUACUGGAUUUUGUUUUCUCCUGUACUACCCGAAGCCAUUGAGAGUCACUGGUAAGAGUGUAAUAGUCUCAGUUUUUGAAGAAACAGAGUAUCACUUUUGUGGAGAAAUCCAUACUUGGUUCUUCCUAGCAAAAACAGCAGAGCAUUCAAUUUUUGUAGGAUCAACCUUGGAAGAGUUUGCUUUUGAGGGUUUGUUCCAGUUCUGAUGUUGCAUUUGAUUACAGACAUCUUGGGAUUGUUGGAAACUUACCAGUGCAAGUGUGCUUGUGAUAUUUCUGCACUUUGCAACUUUUCUUUACCCAUAAAGAAGCCUUUGUGUUAAUAUUAAAAGAAAA